AUGCAGUCGCUCAACAUCACCCCGGAGCGGUUCUCCCGGCUGCUGCGGAACCACAACCCGACAAGGGAGCAGUUCAUCGCGCUGUACAGGCUGCGGCCGCUGUUCUACACCCCGCAGCUGCCUGGGCGCGCCAAGCUGGCCUUCGUGCUCACCGGCGUGCUCAUCUUCGCCCUGGCGCUCUUUGGCAACGCGCUGGUGGUCUACGUGGUGACCCUCAGCGAGGCCAUGCGCACCGUCACCAACAUCUUCACCUGUUCCUUGGCGCUCAGUGACCUGCCCAUCGCCGCCUUCUGCAUCCCGGUCACUAUGCUCGAGAACAUCUUCAACAACUGGCUGGGGGCCAAUGACAAUGAUUACAUUUCAGCCCUCCUCGCUUUUCAACUUUCUUCAAGUUUCCAGUCUGUUCCUUUCUUCAUGGGUAUCAGGUCAUCCAAGCUCAAAUCUCCCCCUUCCGUCUUCAUUGCGCUCUGUCAACAGAUUAAAAGAAUUGAGAUUAAGUAUAACUUCUUAUAUGAGAAAGAACACAUCUGCUGCUUGGAAGAGUGGACCAGCCCUGGGCACCAGAAAAUCUAUACUACCUUCAUCCUUGUCAUCCUCUUCCUCUUGCCUCUUAUGGUGAUGCUUAUCCUGUACAGUAAGAUCGGCUAUGAACUUUGGAUAAAGAAAAGAGUGGGGGAUGGCUCAGUGCUUCAAACUAUUCAUGGAAAAGAAAUGUCAAAAAUUGCCAGGAAGAAGAAGUGAGCUGUUGUUAUGAUGGUGACAGUGGUGGCUCUCUUUGCUGUGUGCUGAGUACCUUUCCACGUUGUUCACAUGAUGACUGAAUACAGUGAGUGUUUGUCAUUCUCAUUUGAUGGAAGUUCUGGUUCAUUUCCUGCUAGAAUGGAAAAUGAAUCAUUGAAAUAUGUUGCCAUUCACUUGGAGGGCCAAAAACUCCACCUUCAGGACAUGCUAACCCUAACAUUUUCCGAACAUGUGCCCCAUGAAGAAGCAUGUAACUUAGUUGUUCCUGCACAGGACAAUUACUUCACCUUUUUCUUGUUUCCAAUCACAUUUCCCCACACUCCCCAUGCCUCAGCUUUAUCCAGUGAAUAUCCCGAGACCCUCGCCUUCGGGGAGGCCGAUUUUGAGAUUUGUUCUCCUGUCUCCUUGCUUGGCUGCCUCAUGAAUAAACCUUUUCUCUGCUGCAAACCUCAGCAUCUCAGUAUUUGUCUUGCUGCACAUCAGGCAAAUGAGCCCAGUUCAAUAACAAAAUCAUGA